GUGACUGUGGAAGAAGUGAUGACUACUACUGCAUACCUGGAUCUCUUUUUACGUAGUGUUUCAGAGCCAGCCCUCCUCAAGAUUUUCCUUCGUUUUAUUUUGCUGCACCAACAUGAGAAUGUGCACAUCCUAGACACACUCACUAGCCGAAUCAACACGCCGUUCCGGCUCUGUGUGGUCUCUUUGGCAUUGUUCAGAACACUCAUUGGCUUGCAUUGUGAAGAUGUGAUGUUACAGCUAGUUUUAAGGUAUCUCAUCCCCUGUAACCACAUGAUGUUGAGCCAGCGGUGGGCUGUGAAAGAGAGGGACUGUUACUCUGUAUCUGCUGCAAAACUGCUGGCCCUGACACCAGCCUGCUGCUCCACCGGCAUCACCUUGACACUUGAAAGCCAGGGAAGAGAGUAUAUUCUAUGGACAAAAGCAGCAAAAACUAAAGACUCCGGUAGACGCUUUUCUGAAUCUACUUGCAUUGUGGAGUAUGGAAGAGCUGUGGACAUCAGCUACUUGCAGUACCUGGCAGAAGCUCAAGAAGCCAUCCUCCAGUGCCUGAAAGAUUGUAAGGUUUGGUCUGCCUUGUAUGAUGGAGUAGACCCUGAUCCAGACACCUUCAUCCAAACGCUUGCUGAGGAGAACAGUAGAGAUGUGGAACAGCCCAUGUUUCGGCUCCAGCAAAGGACACCUAGCAUGUGUAGCUCCUCUCAAGCAACUCUGUCUGGUGAAAGGAUGCAGCUGGAGCUAGAAUGGGAUGACAGCUAUGAUACAGGGAUUUCUCCCGGUUCUGACGUGAGCUCGCCACAACCCUACGAUGAUCUGGGAAGCUCAGAGAUACAGCCACCUGCAGAGCCACCAAAACACAUUCAAGAAAUGAAAAAAAACGCCAUCAUGCUGAUCAAAGGUUCUUACAUAGAGGAAUCAGACUUUCAGGAUGAUGUUAUGGUUUACAGGUUAUGUGCCCAGAAGGAUACUCAAGAUGAUGACACCUCCAAGGAGAAAACUUUAAAUACAGGCAGAGAACCUGAGGUCCAAAGCCAGACGGUCGUCAAUGGGCCUCUUGUAAAGAGCCAGCUGGAAAUGGACUUCAAUGAGCACAGUAAGGAAAAUUCAAGCUUGACUCAAGGUGUAAUGAAAGAACAAAUAAACCAGAAAAUGAUCGAGAUUGAUCCACAGCCAGACUUGGAGUUGAAGCUUUCUCCUCAGGAGGCAGAUCAUAACUUAAGUGUAAGACUGCUGAGCACAGAUGGUGAGGAUUUAAUUGCACAGUAUGACAGAAUUAUUAAGGAACUGGAUCCAAACAGUGCAAGCUUGGAGGAGCAGAAGUUGGAUGCUCCUGACCCCGUCUCUCCUGCAGAAGAGGAGGAGGACUUUGAGAAUUUCUCAGCAGACACUCCUGUGGAGAGCAUGUCAUCUCCCUUUGGACCAACAGAGGACGUCUCUCCCAGGCACACUGGGAGGAGCCAGAGUGCCCCGUUUACAGGUGGAGUGUCCUGUUUGUUACACAGCGUCGUGUUGUCAAAGCUGGAGAACAUGCUGGAGAAUUCCUUGCAUGUAAAUUUGCUGCUUAUUGGGAUUAUUACUCAACUGGCAAGCUACCCACAGCCUCUCCUGCGCUCCUUUCUGCUCAACACCAACAUGGUGUUUCAGCCUAGCGUGCGGUCGCUUUAUCAGGUGCUGGCAUCUGUGAAAAAUAAAAUUGAACAUUUUGCUUCCAUUGAAAAAGACUUCCCAGGCCUUCUCCUGGAGGCCCAGCAGUACUUACUUUUUCGUGUGGACACGUCCGAUGCUGCAGAAGAAUUGCUAACCAAAGGUGAUGUGCAGCAGAGCAGCAGUGUGGGGAAAGGAAGGAGCCUCUAUGAAGCUUACCCGGCUGUCCUCCAGCCCUUCCUGGGGCAGAAAGGAAAGAGGGGCCUGGCUCAUCCCGGCCUCCCUGCACACGUGAGGAAUGCUGUACUUGCAGCUGCCCUUUUCCCAGAGUUCUUGAAGGAGCUGGCAGCUCUUGCCCAGGAACAUUCCAUUUUAUGUUACAAAAUACUGGGGGAUUUUGAGGAUUAUUAUUAG